CCGCUGUCACCUUCCGUUCUCCCUCGUUGCUGCCCCAGCCGUCACCAUGGUGCGCAGCCUGGCGCAAUGGACCAAGACGCUGAGCUUCCCGGCGCGCAUCUCGCCGCACAAGACGAACGCCGCGCCGCCGCCCACGUGCGAGGGCGUGUUCCGCAACGCGCCCGUCGCCUCGCACGAGGAACGUCAGCGUCCACCUGGCUACGAGUGGAUGGUUCCAAGGCGCGGUAUCACAUGCCCUGGGGAACGACGUGUUAUGCGAACGCAAAUUCCUUGCGUGCGGCUGGGGCCCCUAGUGGCAGCUGCGUCUCAGCUGCCAGAGAGCAAAUAG